CAUGUUGUUUCAAUCGCUUUUUUAAAAUACUUGAGCUAAUAACAAAUGGAUGCACGGGAGAGUUCUUGCCUUGUUGUACAAGAAGAAGCCGUGAAAGCUGUAGCUGCGGCAAUUCUAAGGUCGAGGGUUGGACUAGGAAGGCCACAACAACCUUCUGGUUCCUUUCUUUUCCUCGGUCCAACUGGUGUUGGUAAAACUGAGUUGGCUAAGGCUCUUGCUGAGCAACUCUUUUACGAUGAAAACCUACUCGUUAGGCUUGAUAUGUCGGAGUAUAUGGAUAGAUACACUGUUAGUAAACUUAUAGGGGCACCACCCGGGUACAUUGGUCAUGAAGAAGGUGGACAACUUACCGAACCCGUGAGGAGACGACCUUACUGUGUUGUACUAUUUGAUGAAGUUGAAAAGGCCAAUGUUACUGUAUUCAACACGUUACUUCAAGUGUUGGAAGACGGGAGAUUAACCGAUUCGCAUGGGAGGACAGUCGAUUUCAAAAACACAGUGAUCAUAAUGACUUCUAACCUUGGUGCUGACCACCUUAUUUCAGGGCUUACAGGUGAAGUAACAAUGCAAGUGGCUCAAGACAACGCAAUGAAAGAUGUGAAAAAACAUUUCAGACCAGAGCUGUUAAACAGAUUGGAUGAGAUAGUGAUGUUUCAUCCUUUGUCCCACGAGAAUUUGACAAAAAUUGUUCAACUCCAAGUGAACAAUGUUGCUAAUCGGCUUGCUGAGAAAGGUGUAUCUAUGACUGUCACAAAUGAUGCAUUGGACUACAUUUUGGCAGCGAGUUACGACUCGGUGUAUGGUGCUAGGCCUAUUAGGAGAUGGCUAGAGAGGAAAGUGGUCACAGAUAUAUCGAUGAUGAUUGUGCGAGAAGAAAUCGAUGAUGAUUCCAUUGUGUGCAUUGAUGUAAACGCGGAUAAAACUGAUCUUGUCUACCGAAUAGAUAAGAAUGUGGUUGCGAAGAAGACAGAGCAAACGUUAGAUGUUGUGAUUCACUCAGAUAAUAAGAGGGGAAGAAGCAAUGAAGAAGAUCACAUCGUGACUUCAACCAAAAAAAUAAAAAAUGAAGUCAUAGUGAUAGAUUGAAGAACGAUCUUAAGAUUGAAGAACGAUCUUAGGAUUGAAAGUUAGAUUCAUAUUGCUCUACGCUCUGGUUUUUUAUUUUAGUUUAUAUGUGAGAUAUGUGUUACCUUUGUUCAUAUAAGCUUUCCAAAUCUUACAAUAAGAAGGAUUAAUCAUU